AUGAAACGAGAAGUUGCAUACUUGGCUAUCACGAAUGCCUUCUUAGUUUUCUUCAUAUUGUUCUACACAUUUGAUUUGCUUACACUGUGUAUAGAUGACACUAUUCAUGAUACUCUAACCGCAUCUGACCUGAACUCCAGUGUGCCUAGGGAGGAUGAGCUAAUACCUAGAAUUAUCCACCAGACCUACAAGACAGAGGAUAUCCCAAAACACUGGAUUGAGGGACAGCACAGAUGCCAGGAGCUACAUUCUGAUUAUCAGUAUAUCAUGUGGACUGACCAGAUGGCUCUAGACUUUAUAACCGAGCAUUACAGCUGGUUCUUACCCACCUUUGUGGGCUACAAGAGACCAAUCCAGCGAGCAGAUGCAAUUAGAUACUUUAUUCUUUACCACUACGGAGGUAUCUACAUCGACCUCGACGACAAAUGUGAGAGACCUUUGGACAACUUAUUAAAGUUGCCAGCGUUCGUGAGAAAAACAUCCCCUCUGGGUAUCUCUAACGACGUGAUGGGCUCAAUGCCGGGUCACCCAUUCUUCUGGAAAGCCAUCCACAAUUUGAACCAUUACAACAAAAACUGGUACGUGCCAUAUUUGACGAUUAUGUCCAGUACGGGGCCUUUGUUCAUCUCCAUCGUGUGGAAACAUUACCGUAGAUGGAAGAUCUUUACCAAGAACUACGUACCCGUGAAGAUCAUACAACCACAGGACUACAAGGGGUCAUCCUCCUCCUUUUUUUCUAUAGUUAAGGGGUCCUCCUGGCACACAGAUGAUGCCAAGUGGAUGAAGUCUCUGGAAAACCACAUCCUAUCUUGUGUGGUUGCAGGAUUCAUAUUUGCCUUCUUCAUCCUAUACGGGGAGUACAUCUUCUACUGCUGGUUAUGUUAUAAGAAACCAAUCACACUAACUAAUUCAGACAGUGGGAGUAAAAACUCAUGGAGCUCGAAAUUACUAUGGGUUUGGAACAGGAUCAAGUUCAGAUCAUCAAGUUACACAACUACUUACCCCACUACACCAACAACUAGCCCAAAGAGAUCUAGGAAGGACUCAAACGCCGUUUUUGACAUCGAGAAGAGAACCGUGAACGUUUGA